AUGCGUUUCGAACACGUUUUAUUGGCAGCACUAUGCUCCCAAGCUCACGCAGCUAUCAGUUUUGGCCAGCAGGAAAAGCUUUACGACCGCGAGAACCACCAUAUUGCCUGGUGGGAAGGCCAGUCGGCCUGCAGUGUGAAAAGCGCAGUCGAGAUGGGAUACACGACUGUGAGCCUGUGCUCGAUGAAGUUCAAACUGCCUGGCGAUAAUACUGAAUAUCACGCUGCAUACUGCGGCACAAAUGAUUUUGCGAUCUAUCGAGGGGAUGGAUCUCUGUAUGGAAAGUGUUCGGGUAAAGAUUAUGGAAAGAAGAUUGACUGUGGAGCUGUGGACCAUGAUGUUGUUAAGCAUUAUGUCUUAACAAGAAGAGGUUUAUAUACAAAACUUAUGCAUAAAGCUAGGGCUUAG